AUGAUUGAAACUGAAAAUUCAUCCAAAACAAUGUUCCAACAAAGAACUAAAUUGGAACAAAAAUUAGUGAAAAAAAGAAAAGAAGAUAAAGAAAAAAACAAUGAAAAAGUAUCAAUUGAAUCAUCAACAUCAAAAACAACAUCAACUUUCAAAGUAAAAAAAGGGGGAUUUGAUGAUGAUAAAAGCUCAAUUGGUGAACCACCUCAUUCACCAUCAUUAGAAAGAUUCUCAUCAACUUCAAAACCAAGAGAAAGUAUUUUAACUACACCACAAACUGAUAUUGGAUGGGGAACAUUUAAUUAUAUAGCAAUUUGUUAUUGCAUGGCAGGAUUUUCAAUGAUGGCAGAUACAUAUAUAGAAAAAGGAACGUUAAUUGAUUUUGAAUUAUUUUGGUGGUUGAUAACAAAUUGGCAAGUGUUUGUAGUGGUAUCAAUUGGAUUGGCAACUUGGUCAUUUUUCAAUUACUUUUGUACAUGUUUAGUUGUACGAGAUAAAAUUCCAAAUAGCAUAUCAAUAUUUUUAUAUGUAUUUUGGCAAUUCAUUUGUUUUUCACUUUCAAUCUCUUAUGUAAUGGCUCAUGAAAUGUCACCAAUAUUAAGUGGUGGUACAGGUUUACAAAUUUGUGUAUUUUCAUUAAAGAAUCAUUCAUAUUGGCAUACAAAUUACUUUUUAGCAAAAGGUAUUAAAAAAGCAAAAGCAGAUAAGACACCAAUCAUUAGAAAAGAUUUAACACCAAAUAUUGGUUUCAGUCACUUUUUAUACUUUAUGAUUGCUCCAACAUUAGUAUUUGAAACUCAAUUCCCAAGAACAAAAUCAAUUAGAUACUCUUAUAUUUUAAAGGAAACUUUAGCUGCAACUGGUGCAUUUUUAAUGUUUUAUGUUGUUUUAUGUAAAACAGGACCAAUUUAUAAACAAAUUGAUUCAUUACCAUUAAUAAUUUUAUUAUUAAAAUUAUCAUUACCAUCAAUGAGUUUAUGGAUGUUAGGAUUUUAUGGAGUAUUUCAUUGUUUAUUGAAUAUAUUUGCAGAAGUAACAAGAUAUGCAGAUCGUGAAUUUUAUCAAGAUUGGUGGAAUGCUACAACUUUUGAUAUGUGGUGGAGAAAAUGGAAUAGACCAGUUCAUAAAUGGAUGUUACGUCAUGUAUAUAGAGAUUCAAUGCACACUGUAAAAUUAAAUAAAUUUUUUGCACUAUUUUCAACUUUUCUAUUAUCAGCAUUACUUCAUGAAUUUGUAAUGAUCAUAUCAUUUAGAUUCAUUAGACCAAUUUUAUCAACAACAAUGUUAUUACAAAUUGGUUUAGUAAAUUUCACACAAUUAGAUAUUUUACAAAAAACCAGAUUUGGUAAUGUUGUAAUGUGGAUAACUGUAUUCGUAGGUCAACCUCUUGUUCAAUUAUUAUAUUCAACUCAAUACAGUGCUUUAGUUUGGAAUAAUGGUCCAUAA